UUCUCGUGGACACGCUUUUUUGGGGUCCUCGCGCUGAACUGACAGCUUUGUUUUCAUCAUGGCGGCGUCCAGCAGAACGCAGGUGCUGUCACUCUACAGACUGUUGCUGAAGGAGAGCAAGAAAUUUCCCUCAUACAACUACAGGACAUACGCUCUACGGAGGGUACGAGAUGCAUUUAGGGAAAACCAGACAGUGGAAGAUCCACAAGUGCUGGAGGAGCUGUUAAUCAGAGCUCGGGACAGUUUGGCCCUCAUCCAGAGACAGGUGUCCAUAGGGAAGAUGUACGAGAUCCAGAAGACCGUCGUUGAACAUGGAGAGAAGAAGCCGAUUUGAUAAAAAUGAAGGUUGAUUAUGGAGGACUGAUAUGGGAUUCAUUUAAAAGAGUCAUGAGUCAAUACUUUGUUUUUUUUCUCUAUAAAGAACUGCAUCCGGAUGGAAGUUGAUUAUUAUAAUGGUUGUCUUUACUUCAGCAUCAUUUACACAUCAUAAGAUGCAGUGUGCCAUUAUAUAACUCACAGUAGGCAAAAACUGUACAUAUGUAUUAUUUUUCAUGCUUUGUAUUGGUAGAGUUACAAUAAAUGUAAAAGUUUUUUUACUGUGUUCCUGUUGCACAAUUGGUAGAGGACAGCGCAAGAGAAAGUCCAAUAUCAAGGGUUUGAUUUUUCAUAAAUGUACAAACUAAUAAAAAUGAUACUUUGAAUGCACUUUUCUGUUAGUCGCUUUGAAUUAAAGUAAUUCAUAAUGAA